AUGAUUUUGAAUGAAAUUAUGAAAAUUUCUUCUAAAUCAGAAGUUCGACAUUAUGAGUGUCCAAUAUGCGGCGAUACGACUGCAAGUACACUAUCGCAUCCAGUUGGUGCUUUAGUGAGUAUCGUCAACAAUUAUGUGGUUGAACAUUCGUUGCCAUCAGACGGCUCACCGUUGUCGUUGCUGGAUUGGGACGCGGAGACGUUGAAGAACAACGGUUGUUUACUGCAACGAAACAUGAUGAAGCAUUGCGAUGUUGCGAAGAGAAUGCUUCUCGAACAACGCUUCCCUGUUUUCGCCGACUUAGUACAGGUGCCAACCGGUGUGGAAGUGCGAACGUGUGGACACUUUGCACAUAUGAAAUGUUACAAAGCAUACGUUCAAACACUAUGGGAAUCACCUCCAUUGCGUGUCAAUCCAUUGGAUUUGCGUAUUGAUGUGUCGUGUCCGAUGAAUAGUCUACCAGAAAAAUCAGACGAUGCUUAUACGUACAAACGAGACAUAGUGGCUGUUCAGAAUUCAUUGCAAAAAACCAAUCCACCACUUCAGGAAAGUGACGUGGAGAGUUUCAUAAAGUAUCGUCAAACGUUUACGAAUUUCAUCAUGCGUUGUGAGAAGUGGACAACGUAUCGCGGUGAUGUCGGCGAAAGGUUACGUGCCAAAGGACAAUCGUUCACACUGGGAUUGGCUAAAGCAAACGUUGAACGAAAUGUGUUGCUGUCUGAGCUGGAUAUCACUGAUCGCAGUAAUCGCCUACUACCAACUGGUAUCAGUUUGAAUUCUCAACAUUUGAUCUAUGCGGCGAGAUAUGAGGGUGUUGAGCGUGAUAUUGUUUUCGCAAACUAUCAAUGGCGUCAACUAACCGAUGGUUUCCUACCGAACACUGGUCAUUCAGAGCCGGAAGAUUCGCGUGAAAAUUCGCCGAAUCCCACUGAUGAUACCACGCAGUCAACGUUGACCAGCAGUAGUGGCACAACGGAUGGUCCGAGUACUCGAAGCGAUAGUACGAGCAGUAUCGACAGCAGCAGUAUUGACAGCAGCAUCGAAGGACCGAAUCCACCGCUGGCUCAAGCUGAAGUCUCUUCACCGUCGUCUGCGAUUUCGUCUCCAGAUUCCGUUCCCGUACCAAAGCCAGUGCCUGAUGAUUCUGAUAUAUUAGCAUCGUCAACCGAAGCAGCCAAGAAGGCGAUGCGAUUAUCGACACGUGCAGUGGAACGUGAGACGGGCACUCCGGUGAUGCUGUUCGAUAUGAAAUCUGCGAUAACACGCCUUUCAUCCUAUGUGAUCACUAACGAUUGUUUAAUGAACGAUGAUAAAAUUGGUAACUGA